AUGGAGAUAAAUCAGGCUGCUAGUGAGAUUUUUGUGUGUCAACAAAGGUAUGCAACCGAGCUUCUCUUGAGGUUUGGUAUGGAGAAUUGCAAACCAGUGAAUACUCCACUGGUUCCUAACCUGAAAUUAAGCAAAAUAGAUGGUGCAGAGAGGGUUGAUGAAGGGAAAUACAGAAGCUUAGUAGGAAGUUUGCUGUAUUAUACAGCCACCAGACCUGACCUUAUGUUCACAGCAAGUUAUCUCUCAAGGUUCAUGAGCAACCCAAGUGAACUGCACUUUAAGGCUGCAAAACCUGUGCUGAGUGAUGCAAGAAGCACCUCUGGUUAUGUGUUUUACCUGAAUAAGGGUGCAAUCAGUUGGCUGUCAAGGAAGCAAGAGACUGUGGCACAGUCUACUGCUGAAGCUAAAUAUGUCUCUGCUGCAGUAGCAGUAAACCAGGCUGUGUGGCUGAGAAAAAUGUUGGAUGACUUGCACCAAGUAGCCACUAUCUCUGCAAAUGGUGAACAUGAGAUUGCAGAAUUGAUAGCAAGAGUAAUAGAAAAGGUUGGAAAGGAAGGAGUGAUUACUGUUGCUGAACUUGAAAAUCCUUACAUUCUCAUUCAUGACAAGAAGAUAUCAGACAUGAACUCACUUGUGAGAAUAUUGGAGCUGGCUCUAAAUAAAAACAGAGAACUCCUUGUUGUAGUUGAGGAUGUGGAAAGUGAUGCACUAGCUAUGCUCAUUCUCAACAAGCAUCAUACUGGUGUUAAGGUCUGUGCUAUUAAAGCUCAUGGAUUUGGGGAGAAUAGACGAGCAAAUCUAGAUAAUCUCGCUAUUCUAACUGGUGGAGAGGUUAUCUUUGAAGAUCGUGGUCUAACUCUUGAUAAAGUCAAAAUAGAAAUGCUUGGCACUGCAAAAAAGGUCACUAUCUCUGUUGAUGACACUAUCAUUCUACAUGGUGGUGGGGAUAAGAAGUUGAUUGAAGAGAGAUGUGAGCAGGCAUGUUUCGGUGCGGUUCAUUGCCAACUGAUGGAUGUGGUUCAUCCGGGGAUGGUCCCAUGCACAAAGUCAACUUUGAUGCCAAGAACGAGUACGUGA